AGAAAAAGAUCUCAAGUUUUAACCUAAUCGUGUUUUGACAGUUGUCAGAUCAUACUGAUUAACACUGACACUUUCUGAAUCAAGAGGAGCGUUUUUCAAAAUUCACAGUCUAAUGCAUUUCUAGUUACGUUUAUUUCUCUUAAAACGAAAAAAAAGUUAUUACUGAAAACUCUAGAAAAAUGGACUUUAAAACCUGCUCUAAUUUCAAUGAAGAACAACUUUACAUGUUGGAGUUUCUCAUCGAUCACAUUGAUUUAAAUACCGAAACGAUGAAACGAGUAGAAAAUUCGUCACUCAGCGUGAAUCUAAAGUUCAUAGACUUUCCAGUAUUCGACAUUAGUCAAGAAGAAUUCCUCCACGCGAAAAAGAAUGUCCAAGGCCCUAAUAAAUCAAAGAGCGAAAAAUUAAAAUCAGGUUUAGUGGAUUUCAGUAUGGGAAAAUCAUGCCUCUUUCCAAAAAAACCGAACGAUUUAGUUCAGGCAAUGCGUUCAACGCCCCUCAAAGUUGGAAUAUUCAUAGCAACUGAGAAAAAUGAAUACGAACCAGAAGAAGAGAAACUUCCUAUCUGUGAAACUAAAGUAUUAUUGUCAGGAUGUCUUUGUAAUCAAGUGGCUAUGUCUAUGAACGAUAAAAAUCACCUUCCCAAACCUUACGUUAUAAAAAACACCUACAACCUCAUCGACAAUCAGGGAGACCCUUCUGGUACUAUCACAUUAUUUUUGAGGCUGUCCUGUUUUGGGAAGUCCAUAGUAACUCAAUUUGCCUUACAAGAUAGUUCCUUUCUUUUCAAAAGCUCUCAGUCGCCCAACGAAUUCCAAUGUACAAAAAUUCCCACUGAAUCUGACAUCGUCCAGGCUGGAAUUUAUGACUCUCUGCGAAAUCAGAAAGAUGAAGUUCGAUCUCUGAAGCCACAGAAUGUGAUUGGAUUAAGUUCGAUUUGCCAGGAACUUGCUAAACGGGAUGGAGGACCUCCUGAUCUUUUUCCUAUACUUCCGGAAGUUGUUUCAAGGAAGGAGAUGAAAGAAUUGUUCAGGAAAGAACCAAAUACAGAUAAAGAAGACACUCUUGGUGAUUUUUCUGAUGAUAGAAGUCAUUUGAAGACCUUGAGUAGAAUUCAGUCUUACAGUGGAGUAGGUUGUGCAGGUGGUCUUUGUGUUGGAACAAAAUUGCUGGAUCCACUUCCAAGCAAUCAUCAUGGAGCAUCGACAAAAAUUCCUAGUUACACAGGAAGUUAUGCUGCUGGAGGUGUUCAAGAUUGCUGUAAAUUAUUCCGGAUGAGAGGAGGAGGAUGUUGCAAAGAUAGCGGUCCAGGUUCGGCUAGAUUUGGAAAGCAGUCUAGAGGAAUAAUAGACAAUCCAAUCUUCAUGCAUUUUUCACCUGGAAAAGACCUCCCCAGUAAUCAAACGAUGGAAACCUUAGUAUCUGGUUCCUGCAAAUCUGCAUGGAAAAAUACAGCAACGCCUGGUAGAACAGGAUGUGGAUGUUUCGGAAAAAGAGGAGCAGGAUUAGAUCAUUCAGGUGGAACGUGUUCCAAAAAACCAUGUAUGGGAAUCGACUGUAUAAUAAGAUCCUUCAAGGAAAUUCAAGAAUUUGUUGACUCCAUUGGUAAAGUUCCUGGUUUGGCUGGAUUGGGAAUAAUGGAUCCUUCGGAAAGUCCUUAUUUUGGGAGAGAGGAGGAAACUGGAAACACGUGUAGGCCAAAGAGCAAAAAAAGUAUUCAAAAUCCAAUUGAACCCACUGAUGCUCCGAAUAAAAAUGUUUCAUAUGCCAAAACUUUACUGGCAAAAGAAAAAAAGCAGAUGUCUGAAGUGAAAUCUAAGCUUGAGUUAUCAACUCCAUCUCCAUAUACUGCGACACAAACUUUAUCUACUUUUUCAACUCACUCAGUUCGUGCAGUUCUAAAUGCCCAGACGAAAAAUAUGACACAUACUCUUGGAAAACCAAAAAGAAGAGAGGAUAGGCCAGAAAAACCCAUGCACGAAAAUCAGAAACCGAAACAGCAAAUACCACCAAUAGAAAUUGAUCCUAGUGGAGAACCCAAAUGUAAGUCCAAAAAGAGGAAGGGUAAAGAAAAUAUGGAAGAUUCUGCAUCUACUUGUAAAAUUUCCGAUACGAAAAAAUAUUCCAGUAAUGCUGUUGUCAAUUCAUCGAAAGCAGGUAGCAGCAUUAAAGUCGAAAAUAAAGAAAAAAAGAAAAACAGAGGAAGAUUUUUGAGUAAACACACAGCACCAAGUGGAAAUCGUGGCCCCAGUAAUUCGUCCGUGAAAGUCAGCAAGAACGUUCUAAAGCACAUUUAUUUCUUGGGAAAGAUAAAUAGUGGAGUUGUCUUCGGCCACAAAAAUUGCUUCGAUUUGCGAAUGAGAGUACCAAAAAACAUGGGAUGGCUCUGGAAUACAAGGGAUGUUUUAGGAAUGCCGCCACCAAGAUUGGGAUGGAAGCCAGGAGCAAUUUCAAGAUAUGUUCAUAAACUUUUACGAAAGGCAAAAACCAGCUCAGGACCACAAUUAGACAGUAGACCCUCGACUCCUACGAAAGGAAAGAAAGGAAAAACAACAGGAGUAAAAAGUUCUCAAUCUUUCGGGAGACAUCUAGUAUCAAGAAAGGAGGAGAACAAUCGGGAACUUGAACUGCCACCUACCUUGCACAUUCACAGAAAGGAUGGAACUUAUUAUGUGACGAUGUACCCUAUUAAACAGGAGAGUUCGGAUAAUCCCGAACUACAGGAACAAGUAAAACCGCUUCAAUUUAAGGUCACUAAGAACAAAGAUGAUGCCUCAGUUUGUUCAAGUUCCACAGCCUCUGAUAUGGAAAUUGAAUUCUCCCCUCCGGCUGCAAUAAAUCGUUAUCGUAAAAAAGUUCCUGUGAAAAAUGCCGAUAGUCAGGUAAAGCAACAGGAUAUUAUAGAUGCUUUCAAAUCUCCGAGUACAAAAGUGGAAAAAGGCAAAAAAGAAAAGGCUAAGAAGUAGGUGGAAAAAUUGAUUCAUAUUGUUAGAGUGUUUUUGUAGAAAUUUAUAAUAUUGUACUAUAAAAAGUGUUUUCUGAAAAUUAAAGAUGUUCUUAAAAAA